AUGGUGAAUGUUGGGCAAUGCUUCGUGAUAACCCCUGCAAGACCAACACCAACUGCACCUAUGUGUCUCUCCGAGCUUGACCAAGAAAAAACUGUAGCUCCGGCACUCACGGUCUACUUUUAUCGCCCUUCCUCGGAUUCGAUCUCUUUUGCAGCAGCCUCUCAAGUACACCGAGACUCUCUGAGUCAAGUGUUGGUGCACUUCUACCCUCUCGCGGGACGCUUGCACUUCAUCGCAGAUUUCAGAGACUUUGCACUCCCAAAUGAGCUGCGGUCUCUUGUGCCCGUGGUCAGUUAUGAUGCAUCGGAUUUGCAUGAGCUGCCACUUCUUAUGGUGCAACUUACUGAGUUGAGCUGCGGUGGGAUCAGCCUCGGCAUUGGAGUAUCUAACAUAAUGGUGGAUGGUACAUGUGCUUCCCAUUUUAUGGACGAAUGGGCUCGAAUGGCUCGUGGUGAUCCAAUAGGAAACCAACCGUUUCUUGAUCGUAGCGUGUUGCUAACUGCAGAUCCAACACUACCUCCACGGUUCAAACACGAAAGAUUCGUACCAAACCCACUACUAAUCGGUCAGUCAGAUGAUCACGAGGAGCAUAAUAAGGAAACAAAGAUUGUCAUGCUACAUCUAAGCAAAGAGCAAGUCCAGAAACUGAAAGAUAUCGCGAACAAAACACGACCAGCAUACAUUCCACGUCCAUUUAGCCAAUUCGAAGCUGUGGCGGGACACAUGUGGAGAUGUGCAACUAUGGCACGGGGACACCACCCUAUGCAACCAACAAAGUUAUUUAUUCCAGUGAGUAUCCGAGGCCGGAUGCCACUACCAAAGUGGUAUUUUGGCAAUGCGAUUAUGAAACAAGCCGCGUGUAGCCACUCUGGUGAGUUGGUGAAGCAGCCCUUACCUUACGCGUGUGGUAAGAUGAGAGAAGCUGUGGAAAUAGUAACCGAGGACUACGUGAAGUCAGCCCUGGAUGAUACAAAACGGCAGCCGGAUCUAACCCCUUUCCGAACAUCUCAUACCAUCGGGUCUACAACAGGUUGUUUUGAUGGGAACCCAAACAUGGAGAUUAUAAGUUGGCUGGGCAUACCCUUUGAAGGACUAGAUUUUGGGUGGGGAAAGUGUGUUUAUGUGGGUCCUGCAACCAUUAACGUUGAUGGCUAG